AUCAAAUUUUCUACUACUUAGCGUUAAAAGAAAAAAAGAGAGUAGAAAAUGGAGGGGAGUUUUAAUGUCUCUAUGGGUAGUGGAGCCAUUGAUGAUUCUUCCAAGUUUGAUGAUGAUGGAAGACCCAAAAGAACUGGAACGGUGUUGACUACAAGUGCUCAUAUAAUAACAGCAGUGAUAGGUUCAGGAGUGUUAUCUUUGGCAUGGGCUACAGCCCAAUUGGGAUGGAUAGCAGGACCAGUUGCACUCAUUGCUUUCUCAGCCAUAACAUGGUUUGCUUCUAUCCUCCUUGCCGAUUGCUAUCGCGCCCCCGAUGGCUCUCGUAGCUACACCUAUAUGGAUGCUGUUCGAGCCCAUCUAGGAGGAAGGAAAGUCCAGCUUUGUGGAUUAGCUCAAUAUAGUAACCUUUUUGGUGUUACCAUUGGAUAUGCAAUCACCACAUCCAUAAGCAUGGUGGCAAUUAAAAGAUCUAACUGCUUUCAUAGGAAAGGUCAUGAUGCUGGUUGUCAUGAGUCAAACAAUCCCUUCAUAAUUAUCUUUGGGGUUAUGCAAAUCCUUCUAUCCCAAAUCCCAAAUUUUCACAAGCUUUCAUUCCUUUCCAUCAUUGCUGCUGCCAUGUCCUUUGCUUAUUCUUUCAUUGGACUUGGUCUAUCCAUUGCCAAGAUUGCAAAGGAUGGAGUAAGUGCAAAUACAAGCUUAACAGGGACAAUAGUUGGAAAAGAUGUAUCAAGCAGAGACAAGAUGUGGAACACCUUCUCUGCUCUUGGAGAUAUUGCCUUUGCCUAUGCUUUCUCUAUUGUUCUUAUUGAAAUUCAGGACACUUUGAAAUCCCAUCCACCAGAAAAUAAGUCCAUGAAGAAAGCUACAUUCACUGGUAUCUCUGUGUCAACAAUAUUUUACUUACUCUGUGGACUUCUAGGGUAUGCUGCAUUUGGAAACAAAGCGCCUGGAAACUUUCUAACAGGAUUUGGAUUCUAUGAACCUUUCUGGCUUAUUGAUUUCGCUAAUGUAUGCAUCGUGAUUCAUCUCGUUGGAGCUUACCAGGUGUUCUGUCAACCUAUAUUUGGAUUUGUAGAGGGUUGGAGCAGACAGAAAUGGCCAGAAAGUAAAUUCAUAACAAAAGAAUACAUGAUUAACCUUUCACACUUGGGGUUGUUCAAUUUCAAUUUUUACAGGCUGGUGUGGAGAACUUUAUAUGUGGUAUUCACAACCAUAUUAGCCAUGUUAUUCCCAUUCUUCAACGAUUUCGUCGGUUUUAUUGGAGCAGCCUCAUUUUGGCCACUCACUGUCUAUUUCCCUAUUCAGAUGUACAUAGCACAAGCCAAGAUACCUAAAUAUUCAUUUACCUGGAUUUGGUUGAAUAUAUUGAGUUUUGUGUGCCUGAUCAUCUCACUUCUUGCUGCUGCUGGAUCUGUUAGAGGCCUUAUAAAAUCUCUCCAGGAAUUCGAGCCCUUCCAAUCUCGGUCUUGAGGUUCCUGUGGCUAAUGUGUAGAGAAUAAGAAAGGAAGACAAGCACCUCUCCUAAAGCCCCCUUCCCCCUCCAACUUUCCUUUUCUUUUAGUGAUGACAUACAGAAUGGUUUGCCUUCACUAACCUAAGGCAUACAUAUUUCAUUAUCAUGUAUUGUAAGACUAAUUUCCUAGAUUUGGUGUUGCAAAAUUGCUAUAGGCAUAAACCUUUACAA